UUAAAAUUUGUUCAAAUAGCUCUGUUCCUCUUGACAAUCCACCUGAAUUUUUACAUAAAACACAAGAAAGCUUCAUGCCGUUUUUUUCAAACAAGCAAGAUCACAAUAGAACCGCCCUCACUUAUAUUUUGCAAAGAUUGUUCAACAGUGUUUAUUCUUCAGUAAAUUCAGUUUGACGGUUCCAGUUGUGCCCACUGAAUGACAGAAAACAAAAGUUCAACACCGAGCAUGUUAAUGUCCGCGCCAUAAAACGAAAUCCAAGAGGAAUGAAUACACAUUCAGUUUUUGAGUGACUGACCAAUCCCGAACGAAACUUACUAUCAUAAACCGGACAGUGACCAAACUGUAUCCACAGAGUCGGAGACUGACAAAGAAAAAAAGAAAACACUUGAAUGACCAAGACAAAGUAAGAUUUCUUCAGUGCAGAGGCAAGUGUGACCAGAUCCUUCUGAUAAACAGCAGUGACCGUCGUUAUGGCAGAUGAGAAGAAAUCGCAAGCAACUUCCAAGAAAGGCGCGAAGAAAAUCAUCAAAAAGGCGCCAGGGAAAGGCGGCAAGAAAAGGAACCGACGCAGGAAAGAAAGUUACUCCAUCUACAUCUACAAAGUGAUGAAGCAGGUUCACCCCGACACCGGCAUCUCCUCCAGGGCCAUGAGCAUCAUGAACUCGUUCGUCAGCGAUAUUUUCGAGCGUAUCGCAGGGGAGGCUUCCCGCCUGGCCCAUUACAACAAGCGCAGCACCAUCAGCUCCCGGGAGAUCCAGACCGCCGUGCGGCUGCUGCUGCCCGGGGAGCUGGCCAAGCACGCCGUGUCGGAGGGUACAAAGGCGGUGACCAAGUACACCAGCUCCAAGUGAGACACCUCACUGUGCUGAAAGCCCACACCAAUCCAAAACCCAACGGCUCUUUUAAGAGCCACCCACAAUUGCACUGAGGCAGCUGAACCGUUUUAACUUGGAUAGC